AUGUGCGUAGAGAUCUCAAGAAACCAGGAACAUGGCAUGGGGAGCCAUGCACGUCAUGCAGAGUUGAAGCAUCGCAUCCUUCAGCCUCAUCAAUCGCUCUCACAACACUUCAAAAUGGGUUGGCUAUGGACUACACCGACGCCCGCGUCCACCUCUACCACGCCCUCACCGAUAUUCCCUCCAGACCAAAAAGACAAUGGCCCACCCCCACUACCACAACCUGCUCCUGAAGCCGCAUCUUCAAAACCUCUCUCAAGCGACGAAAUCGCCGACAAGGAACUCAACAGCUUCCUGCAAGAACUCUCCGCCGACACCCGACCCUCCAGCACAAAGUACUCGCGCAUAGGGCGUUCCACCCCCCAAACAUCCUCCCCCACUUCACAAGCCCUCUCCAACGCGCCCAUAUCCGAGCAACUACUCCCGACAACCAUGUCCUGCCGCGAAGCCUUCGACUCUGCCUUCUACUGCAACUCCUUCGGCGGGAAGUUCCAGGACAUAUACCGGUCUGGGUCCCUUCAGCCGUGUUCGGAGCACUGGAGCAAGUUCUGGUUCUGCAUGCGCACGCGGCAGUGGAGUGGCCCGGAGAAGGAGGAGGCGAUAAGGGGGUAUUAUCGCAAGGUUGAGGCGAAGAAGUAUGCGGAGGGCAGUAGUGAGGAUUUGUGGAAGAGUAGGGAGCAGAAGGUUCCGGUGGAUACGGCGUUUAAGGUUAAGUUUGAGCCGUUUCCGGGGGAGAGUGAUGAGGAGUGGAAUCGGUUGGAGAGGGAACACCGGGAGGCGGAGAAGAAAAGGUUGUUGGGCCAUACGUGA